UGCGGAGUGUUGGAUGCAAACCACCAACCCAAGUAUGGAGAAGAAGGUUGUUGGAAGUGCCUCGGGCUCAGAGCUUGACUGCCCAAUUUGCUUUAACAAGUACGAACCUUUCAUCCGAAAGCCUAAACUCCUGACCUGCCAGCACUGCUUCUGCGCGAUCUGCCUGAAGAUCAUGGUGUCACUUAAGGACGGCUCUUGGGUGGUCUCCUGCCCGCUCUGCAGGCGCUUCACGCUGGUGUUAGAUGCACUGAUCAGCAACCUCCCGGACAAUACAAGCCUGAUGGAGCUGCUGCCGAGGAGGAUGUCCGCCUUCCCAGAAUCUAUCCCUGAGGUUGUCCUGUCACCACAUUUGCUGCUGCAGACCCGUCCUAGCACUUUCACCCUGCUCACGCAUAUCAAUAACUCCAACAGCUCUGCAGACAAUGAAGAUGAACGCUUAAGGAUUCGGGUCACCGCGUCUGCCAUCAGGCGCUUUCUGGUGACCAUGGUCUUCUUCCUGAUCCUCUUGUAUGGACUUCAAUACUUCUUCAGGAACUCUACCAUGAUCUGGAUCCUCGGCAUAAUGACUGUUCUGUGUGCAUUGACGGGACUGGUUCUUCUAUAUAUCACCUGCCAGAACACCAGGAGCGGGGAGUCCAGGAGAAACUGGAACCCCCUGUCCUUCCUCUCAUGCCGCUGACCCCAUGGAAACAUUUCAUUGUUCCCAUUAUAAAGUUUCGCAAGUCAAAUAUUCGUCCUUUUAAAACCACGCUAUGCAUUUUUAUUGUAACAGUAAUGGGAUUUUAGAUGAAGUUGUCACUUGUGGAUAUCGGCCAAGGAUCCAAAAGUCGAAUCAGAACACUCCUCAGAAGACGGCCGUUCGGCCCAGCGAGACUGGGCUAGCUUUCGAAGACAAACGCCCCCCUCUCUUUCCCCACCUCCCUCCAUGUUUUUCUCCUUCAAGGGUUUAUCGAUGUUUCAUAGAGGUAGAUAUGUAACUGUCAUUUGAACCGCAAGGUACUACAUUAGUUUGGACAGAAUAUUAAUGUUAGCAAUGUCUCCUACAGUUAAGGAGGGUGCCCAUUGUGGUGGCCUGUCAAUUGUCGUCCUUAACAAAAGAGACUGCCUGGAAUCUGCGUUUAGUGACCUUACUGGACUGAGUCGAAAGUGAGAUCCAAGCCAACUCCCUCACCAAUUUUCCAUCCUAUGAUGAACUUUGUUCAAGUUUAUUGCAGAAGGCUGUGUCCGGAUAACAGGAGCCAAGGUCAUCUUGUACAUGAAUGUUUAUAGCCUUAAAUGUUGUUACGUGCAAGAAACAUGA